UGACACCAACAAGACACGCAGAUACGCGUCCUCUGGGGGGGACUGACAUUAACUCACACAUAAUCAAGACUCCAGGGCCAGCGCACAGCUCUUUUUUUUCAGACGGCAGAAGAGCAGCUCGGGGACCGCUGAAUGUUUCAAGCAGUUUUCCAGCAGGUGUUCCUGAAGGAUCUCUCACUUACUAUCAGCAGGGUUCAUGAAACUUUGCUACGAUUUGCGCGCUGGGGCUGCCAUACACAAUGUUAAGGUAAAGCCUAAAGCAGCGGUGUUGAACAUGCUAAAGCGGCUGGAUAAAAUACGAUUCCGUGGUCCAAAGAGAGAUGAUUUUCUGGAUCUACCCGAGUCCCCCACAGGCUCGGACACUGAAUGUAGUGAUGACAUACUGCUGAGACCUCGACCUUCAAUACGAGACAAUGACGAGCAAAGAGACCCUGCUGGUUUGGGGACUCUGUCUGUCAUGCAAGACCUGAGGAGUGAAUCGGAACGUCUCAAUGAGGUCAAGGGUCAUUUGGAGAUUGCCUUACUGGAGAAACACUUUCUGCAGGAGGAAUUGCGGAAGCUACGAGAAGAAACCAAUGUGGAAACCCUUAAGCAGGAGCUGGAAAGAGAGCGCAGCAGGAGACUUGACCUCGAACAGAAGAUGAACGAUGUGCUGAAAACCAGGUGUGAAGAUUCUCCACCUCAACCUCCACGGAAACAGCAGACACCGGCAGCUAAUGGCACAGACAAACAGCAGAAGGAGACGGUGUGUUCGCGGCUUCACAACUGGCUGUAUGAUCGCUUUGGGGUUUACAUUGAAGAUUUCCGCUUCCAGCCUGAGGAGAACACAGUUGAGGCUGAGGAGCCACUAAGUGCUAAAAGAUUAACUGAAAAUAUGCGACGACUUAAACGGGGUGCCAGACCAGUGACAAAUUUCUUAAGGAAUCUCUCCGCCUUAUCUAACUGGCACUCAGUUUACACGUCAGCGAUUGCCUUCAUAAUUUAUAUGAAUGCAGCAUGGCAUGGCUGGGCUAUUCCUUUAUUUCUGUUCUUAGCCAUUUUGAGGUUGUCGUUGAAUUACCUCAUUGCCAAAGGAUGGAGAAUUCAGUGGAGUAUUGUGCCUGAAGUUUCUGAACCUGUGGAACCUCCAAAGGAAGACCUGACUGUGUCUGAAAAGUUUCAGCUAGUUCUAGAUGUUGCGCAGAAAGCACAGAAUCUUUUUGGUAAGAUGGCAGAUGUUUUGGAGAAAAUCAAAAAUCUGUUCAUGUGGGUUCAGCCUGAGAUCACUCAGAAGUUGUACGUUGCUCUGUGGGUGGCCUUCAUCUCCUCCUGCGUUCUGCCCUACAAGCUAAUGGGCUUCAUGAUUGGGCUUUACGCGGGCAUCAAAUUCUUCAUUAUAGAUUUCCUGUUUAAGAGCUGCCCGAAACUGCGGGACAAAUACGACACGCCGUACAUCAUGUGGAACAACCUGCCCACCGACCCGCAGCUGAAAGAACGCAGCAAUGCCACUGUGUCACGACGGCUGUCUGGGUGUGAGAAGGUUCAGCCUGUAGUAUCGCGGAGUAGUUUAGCCACUAUCCCACCUGGAGUGACCCGAGAAGAAGAGAGUGGCCGUUCACACAACCCAAAGAAAGGAGCAUUUCAUGAAAUCUUCAACCUACCUGAAAUUGAGAGACCUCUGCCCAUAUGUGAGAACGGAUGGAGAUGCUGUCUGAUAAACAGAGACAGGAAGAUGCCCACUGACUACAUCCGCAAUGGCAUGCUCUACGUCACUGAGAACUACCUGUGUUUUGAGAGCUCCAGCUCAAGAUCGGGUUCUUCAAAGAAGAAUAAAGUCAUCAAACUGGUGGACAUCACAGAUAUCCAGAAGUACAAAGUUUUAUCAGUUCUACCAGGGUCUGGAAUGGGCAUCUCUAUUGCCACCCCAUCAACACAGAAGCCACUUGUAUUUGGUGCCAUGAUCCACAGAGACGAGGCCUUCGAGACUAUCUUUACCCAGUACAUGAAGAUCAUGACCACAACCAACCCUGAGACGUAACUCACGCUUCAUCCUUCAGGAGGAUUUAUGGUAGAACAGAACAGGUCCAGCAUCUGCUUAACUUUAACAGAUCAUAAUCUGGAUGAUCGUCUGCAUCUAAUGUGAUUAGCUGAAGAUUCGGCGAGCUGACAUUCCAGCGAGAGUUCUGCAUCUCAAAAAAAGACACUUUUUUCCUAACUGAAGGGAUGCGAGUGGCUUUUCAUCUUGCAACUGUGAACUUUUUGGCUUUUAGGGAUGAGCACUGAUCAGUGUACAGAUUUGUGUUUUGUACUCGUCUCUCAGUGGUUAUGUCAUGGAAGAUACUAAAGGGGGGGUUUGUUAAAGAUCAUCUUUAACGUUUUAAUCGCUGCAAGAAAUAUCUUUCUUAAUCAGUAUUUUUGGUUUAACACCAGACAGUUUGCAGCAUACAGUAAGUCAAUUCAAGAUAUGGCUUUCUUUCAAGUCUUUUCUUACACAAGUAUUCUUCUUGAGGCAUUUCCAAAAUACUGAUUAAUGUGAAGUGUUCUGCAGUAAUAGCAUUGUAAGGUGUGCUCACAUUUACAGUGUUUUGCAGCAACAAAUCAACAGAACUUCAUUUAUUUUGAUGAGAGUUGGCCAUUUGAGGCGCCACAAAGUUGGUUGAUAGGCCUUGUGCACUAUAUUCAAUCUUUUUCACAUUCACUGCAGCUUUCACAUCAGUAGUGCUACUGUUUAGUUGGAGGUUUUUAUUUGGUGAUUCAAGUUACAUACAGCGGUUACAGAAUUGCCAGAAUUUGCCAAAUUUUAUUGACAAUGAAUGACUUAUAAUAAUUGCUUUGUCACUGCAAACCAUGAUAAACAGGCCUUUUAUUUUUUUAUUUGAACAUUUGUUUACAUUAUUGCUGUGUGCGCAACACACACAGAAGUCGCUUAAUCUCACCUCUCAGCAAAGUGUGCUUUAUCUGCUUUUAAUGCGCAAGUUGUUCCCAAACUUAAAAUUGGGGAAAAAGUAGUUUUAAAUGAUUCGAAAUGCCUUUUUUUUUUAAACAAAAAACUGAUGUAAUGUCGUAGCAGUCAGCAAAAUCAUUACUAAUGUAUUCACUCACAUUUGGAAAGACUAGUUAGACACGAUGACUGUCAAAUGCGGAUGUGCACUUUAUUUCGCAGUACGUGUAUAUACGGUGUACUAACAUUUAUAUGUUCGCAGAACCUGUUCGUGAAGUAACUCAAAAGCAU